AUGGUCACUCAAACGCUUGUCUCACGGUUGGAGAUUACAGAUCUGCGAUAUGACAUCACCUGUUACGGAGACUUUCUUCGGCAUAUUCCUGCGCGGUUGGGAAGGAAUGAAGCCCUAGAUGCAUCGGCUGAUGCGUUAGCUACGACGUUCUCGACGUUGCAUCGACCGCAGGGGUAUCAAACUGUUGAUGCGCUUACAAAGUAUGUCAAAGCGAUAAGUUCGUUGAGAUUGUGUUUGGAGGAUCCUGCGAAGGCGAGGAUGCCUGAGACUAUGUGUUCGGUGUAUCUGAUCAUGAUCUGUCAGGGCUGGUUGGGAAGAGAUGAUGACCCGACUACAAGUCACGGUCAGGGUUUGGCAUAUCUUCUCAAAGCGGCGGCGCGAGAGAACUGGAAAGCCGGUUUUGAAACAGACAUGCUCUUGACAUUCUGCGUCCCAGUCAUUAUCGAAAGCAUAUCAAACCCCAAGGUCAGGUUAGAAAAAUGGUUCUGGGACAUGCUCGACAACUUCAAAAAGAACAACCCCCCCUCAACGCCCGAAAGCGCAAAAGCCCAACAAGACGGCAAAGACGCAGGCGGAAUCCCCAGUCUAUCCAUCCGAAAUCUAGGCCGCCUCCCAGACUUCAUAAACGACCCUGAACUCCACCGCAUGGAGAUAACAUGCGCAUACCACCGCCUCUGCCGCGACCUCCGCAAACUCUCCGAGAUCGUCAAAGCAGUAACAUGGGCACCCGGCUUCUCCCCAACACCAAUGCAACUCCGCCUCUCCCGCUCCUACAACUCAGCCUACUCCGUCCUCCUCACAGUCCUCGUAAUAAUCAGCCAAAUCAUGCAAGCAUUUGAUCCGUAUAACCUGGCUCUAGUGGGAGAAGCAGCACUGUGUUCUUCAGAGGUGGUGUCUCUUGCGCAUAGGAUAAGUCAGUACAGACCGCUAGGUGCAAGCCAUGUUCCGCUGACGCUGGCUAUUGCGUGGGCUGCGACGGAUGAGCCGGGGAUGAAGAGGCAGUUGGAGGAGACGUUGGAGGAGUAUCAGCAGGAUUGGACUGUUACGCAGUGGAUGAAGGUUGGGUAUUGGUGGACAGAGAAGUUUGCGGAGUUGAGGGUGAGGUUGGCGCCGAGGGUAUCGCUGGAGGAGGAGGAGUUGUUGAUUAGGAGGGGGGAGGGGGAGGAUGAGGGGAUGAAUGGGAAGCAGCCUGCUGAUGAGUGUUGUGUUAUGUAG